AUGAGUUCUUUCGGCACACACUUUCGCGUCACGACGUUUGGCGAAAGCCAUUGCAGGUCGGUGGGCGCCAUUGUGGAUGGCUGCCCUCCAGGCCUGGACCUGAACGAGUCUUUGAUUCAGACGCAGUUGCGUCGACGAAGGCCCGGCCAGAGCGCGCUCACCACGCCACGUGACGAGAAGGAUCAGGUGGCGAUUCAGAGUGGUGUGGAGCGCGGCGUGACGCUGGGAACGCCGAUCUGCAUGUUGGUGCAGAAUAUGGACCAAAGACCUCACGACUACAAAGACGACACGCUGGACCUCUAUCCGCGCCCAUCUCACGCGGACUACACCUACCUACGCAAGUACGGCGUCAAGGCUAGCAGCGGAGGUGGACGUAGCAGCGCAAGAGAGACGAUCGGCAGAGUUGCCGGAGCGGCAAUCGCUGAGCAGUACCUCAAGUUGGCGUACGGCAUUGAGUGUGUGGCAUUCGUCAGCAGCGUUGGUCCCGUCAAAGUUCCCAAGAAUGCUUCUGAGGCCAAGACGCAAGCCCGUAUGGCAGCUGCCCUUCAAGCUCCAAGGCUCGAGAAUAGUCCACCUCACAGCGAGGAGGAGGAGGAGGAGGAGGAGGAGGAGAAGUCGCGCGCCUACAUUCAACGUCAUCACAGCGACAAGAGUGCCGCCAGUAAAGUCGAUGGCCUGCAAUAUCCUACCAGCUCUGCGUAUCGCGCCUUGCUAGCUGCAGUUUCUCGUGAGCAGGUUGACGCGUCUCCCGUACGUUGCCCCGACGAAGCUACCGCUGCUCGCAUGACAUCCGUAAGUUUUUGCAACGCAAGCCACAGCAGCUGCUCCCACCCUGCCUUUGCCUUGCGCCGAGCUAAAGACCCAAACACGACACGUGCUUGGCCAUGCCUAUUGUUUCCCCAGGUCAUUGAGGAGUGUAGGGAUGCGCACGAUUCGAUCGGUGGUACCGUCACUUGCGUUCUUCGUAACGUGCCACCCGGCUUGGGCGAGCCAGCGUUCGACAAGCUCGAGGCGACGCUAGCCCAUGCCAUGUUGAGCAUUCCCGCCACGAAGGGAUUCGAGUUUGGCUCCGGAUUCGAUGGGGCUGCCAUGCGCGGAUCUCAACACAACGACAAAUUCGUACCCCACCCCAACGGUCUAGGUCCUACCGGCUCCGCUCUGCGCACAGAGACGAAUUGGAGCGGAGGAAUUCAAGGUGGCAUCUCUAACGGGGAAGAUAUCUACUUUACCGUUGCUUUCAGUGAGUACCGUCGCAUAGUGUCGUUUGCGAGGUUUUGAUCGCCACGCCUCAAGCAGCACAGACAGCUGAUCAUCCUCUGCACGGGACUGUGUAAAUCUGCAUCUUGCUCGUACAGAACCAGCUGCGACAAUCUCUCAGGAGCAAGAAACGGCGCAAUACGAUGGCAGCUCGGGCGUACUGGUCACUCGUGGUCGACACGAUCCCUGCGUGCUGCCCCGCGCUGUCCCCAUCGUCGAAAGCAUGGCCGUGCUUGCCGUGAUGGAUGCGCUUAUGGGGCAAUUGUCGAGAGAAGGUGCUAUUAGCUCGCUGAGAUCCAGAGAGCUGGACGCGAGACACACGGAAGCGUGGGACGCUUUGCCAUCCAGCAUGAGAUUGCGUUGA